AUGAGUCUUCGGGUGUGGCCCCUGACUGCCUGUCCCCGUCUCGGCCGCAGCUGGCCCCUGGUAAUGGUAAUGGAAGCAGCAGUAAUCCAGACAGCAGGCUGUGUAGGAAGCUUUCUCCUGUUGAGAUCUAUUACGCGAUGAGGACCACCACGCAACACAACUCACUGGCCCUCUCUGCCAGAAGCAAUAUGGAGGGAAGGAGUGUACCUACCACUCCCCUCCUCAGCUCGCAACGGACCAACAGUGUCCACAACCACAUCAGGUCAGCGAUAUCCACAGUGACRACUACCAAGCAGUGGUCAGACAAUCCAGAGGCGGCCCAGGUGGUUCCUCAUCAGUCUCAGGUCGGCGGCCCCUCCCCUGGCCCCUCCUCUGGCCCCCCGUCAGGGUCCUAUGAGCAGGGAGGAGGAGGGGGAGGCGGGGGUUACAGUGAUAUCCUGAUGGACUAUGUAUGGGGAAAGCAGCAGCAACAGAGACAGGUCCAACAGGUCCAUGGCAAUGGAAAGUUCCCUUCCUCUGUCCCUGUACCUCCUCCUCCUCACUUCAACGGCUACCCCCACCCCCAGGGACAUCCCCCRGGGCCCCAGCACGUGUCUGGGGGCCCGCCAGCCUACUCCAGCCCCCUGAUGCUCCGGGGGAAACUUGGGGAGCCACGCCGGGUCAAGGUAACCCGUACCAAGUCCUGUGGUCCAUUCAUCCCUCUCCAGCACCACCAGCAGGAGGUGCUCCACUUCUCCUCUUACACCUCCUCCUCUUCUGACCCUCCUCUUCUUCCCACCUCCUCCUCCUCGACCGGGACCUCCACAGCUGCCCUGUACCCCCACCAGGGGUCUGGGGUUGAGUCCCAAAAGCAACAGCAUGGGUCUGGAUCAGGACCCGGUCUCAAUCUCAACCACAACCACCAGCUCGGACCACCCCAGUACUCUGACUCCGUCACCCCAGACGACCCGAUCCGCAGCCUGCACAAGGCCCUGGCUCUGGAGGGCCUGAGGGACUGGUACCUGAGGAACAGCCUGGGUGGAGUGGCGGUGGGGGGGAAGGUACAGGGGCAGGACAACAGGGGGUCCCCCAGGAGGCGUACCACGAACUCCCUGCACGGGUCACACCCUCAGCAGCUCCCACACCAGCCCCAGAUCUACCAGGGAGACCGAGACAGAGACUAUCCUCCCUGCCACCUGCCACAGUCACAGACCUUCCACGGGCAUCCGCUACAUGGCAGGUCUCUGUAUCAGGAGUCCUUCCCAUCCCAGAUGCAGGAGCUGACCCUGAAAGAACCCAGCACUGACAGAGGUGACCUGCCUACCCCGGGUACACUGGUCUAACAACCAGAGGUGACCUGUCUACCCCGGGUACACUGGUCUAACAACAAUAAACAGAGGUGAUCUGCCUACCCCGGAUACACUGGUCUAACAACAACAAACAGAGGUGACCUGCCUACCCGGGUACACUGGUCUAACAACAACAAACAGAGGUGACCUGCCUACCCCGGGUACACUGGUCUAACAACCAGAGGUGACCUGCCUACCCCGGGAUACACUGGUCUAACAACCAGAGGUGACCUGUCUACCCCGGGUCACUGGUCU